AGGAAUUCCCUACCCUUUUAAUGUCCCGCCCCUAUGACGGACCCAAUCGCAGGGCUCUUCCCUCCCCGAAACCUCGCUCCCGGACCGGCUUGUCUCAGGUUUGCGCCACUCUAGGCUGAGGCGGCGGAUGACGCAACCGAGCCGCGCCGCGAGAAGGUCACACGGUUCUCCAACAUGGCGGCGGCGGCGGCGCUGCGGAGUGGCUGGUGCCGCUGUCCACGGAGAUGCCUCGGCAGUGGAAUCCAAUUCCUUUCCAGCCACAACCUACUCCACGGGUCGACCUAUCAGAUGCGCCGGCCGGGCGGAGAGCUGCCACUGUCCAGAUCAUAUUCUUCUGGAAACAGAAAAGGCUUUCUGUCCGGCUUGCUAGAUAAUGUCAAACAAGAAUUAGCCAAAAACAAAGAAAUGAAAGAAAGUAUAAAAAAAUUCCGUGACGAGGCCAGAAGGCUAGAAGAAUCAGACGUGCUCCAGGAGGCCAGAAGGAAAUACAAAACCAUCGAGUCAGAAACCAUGCGGACGAGCGAGGUGCUACGGAAGAAGCUUGGGGAGCUGACGGGCACCGUGAAGGAGAGCCUUCAUGAAGUCAGUAAAAGUGAUCUGGGCCGGAAAAUCAAGGAGGGUGUGGAAGAAGCAGCCAAGACGGCCAAGCAGUCAGCCGAGUCGGUAUCCAAAGGUGGGGAGAAGCUGGGCAGGACGGCAGCCUUCAGAGCCCUCUCCCAGGGGGUGGAGUCCGUGAAGAAGGAAAUUGACGACAGUGUCCUGGGGCAGACGGGGCCCUACCGGAGGCCCCAGCGACUCCGGAAGAGAACGGAGUUUGCGGGAGAGAAGUUCAAGGAGGAGAAAGUGUUUGAGCCAAAUGAGGAGGCCCUGGGGGUCGUGCUGCACAAGGACUCCAAGUGGUACCAGCAGUGGAAGGACUUCAAGGAGAACAACGUGGUGUUUAACCGGUUCUUCGAGAUGAAGAUGAAGUAUGAUGAAAGCGACAACGCGUUCAUCCGGGCAUCCCGGGCCCUUACGGACAAGGUCACCGACUUGCUGGGGGGCCUGUUCUCCAAGACAGAGAUGUCAGAGGUGCUCACAGAGAUCCUCCGGGUGGACCCGGCCUUUGACAAGGACCGGUUUCUGAAGCAGUGCGAGAAUGACAUCAUCCCCAAUGUCCUGGAGCCCCCAGGAUGCAGAAGGAGCCUGGACACCUUCGGCCCAGUCGGGCCAGGCCUCUGGGAGGCCCUUCAUGAGACUCUCCAUCCUUGGCCCCGUUGGCCGCCAUCCAGCGUCCUCUUCCUCCUCCAGUUUCCCGUAUCCUUCCCGCCACUUCAGGCAGGGCUGGGAGGCGGUGCAGAUGGGCGCCAUGCCCCAAAACAGCAGCCUGAGCACCGCAGUGCCUUCCGGGAUGGGUGGUGGGUGCCGAGUGUUCUGGCCACCCGCCCCCUGCCGCUCACAGUUUUCACCACCAGCAUCCGGCUCCUUCGCACUCUUCUCCCUGCUCCAGGCGCCUCCCUCCCCCGCAUCGGAUCCGGCCCAGGCUCUGGGAUCCUGUGGAAGCAGCUCCCAGCCCAGUCACGCCCCCUGCAGCCCACCCUCCCUCUCGCUGCCCCCAGCAGUUAGGAGGCAGCCGAUCCCAUGGUGGGCCUUGCAGUCCGAAACGUGGUCCUGUAGGGGACAGAGGACGUGGGCUCACUGCGGGAGCCGGAGUGUGGGUCCUCAUCUCCCUGGCUCGGAUUCCUGACCAGGCUGAAAGCUGGGUCCCCAGCCACCCCAGCCAGACCCCUGGUUCCACGGGGUCCCCCCCGGGGGUGCCUUCUGGGUGGUCAUCCGCAGGCAGCCAUCCGCCUGUGCCCAGGCCAGAACCAGGCACUCACACCAGCAGGGACGGGCCUGGGGAGGGACACCCAAUGCCACAGCUCCACCUGUGCCCCACAGGUGGCAGCUGGGGGUGUCCAAGGAAACCCCCCGCACCACUGGAGAAUGUUCCUAGGACCUCGCCUGCUGCCUGAUAAGCCCAUUCUUGUUCUGGUGCUUAUUUCCCCUUCCU